CUACUUCCGCUUCACUCCCAGACAAGAGUGUCGACCAUUACCGACUCUGUAACAAUUGUCGUUUGAGCCCAAAUUUUAACCAAUACACCCCGUUCGACGCUUUAUUUUCAUUUUUUAAUUCCUAUUUAACCUGUUAAACUCAUUUUAUUUGCGUUAACAUGAGUCUGAGUGUCACAUUACGACGAACAGCCGCGCUGAGUCUUCUCACACAGGGCGCGCACACGGCGCCACUAAGGCACACGCAGCUCAAGAACCAAACCGAGGACGAGCUGGACGGGUACGCGGAAGAGAUAGAAAACGUGACCAAACCGCGGAGGCCCGGAACAAACGGUCUGAAGGGAUUACAUCUGGACAGACGGUUCGUGUCUACGGCAGACGCCUCUCUUCCCUCAACUCCGGACCCGCAGGAGUUCGGUUCUGCUGAGUUCGAGCGGGACACUCGACAGCUUCUCGUGGAUUUCUACAGGACACAUACGGGAAUGUGCUCACCGGGCCGGAACACUCACCACGCGUUACCCACGCUCAAACGCGUCGUGGACGACAUUCUCGAGAAGCAUCGGAUCACAUACAAAGGAAUGGCGCAGCGGUUACAGCUGGACUCUCAGUCUGAUGACAUGGACUUCAUCGGCAGCAUCGCACAGAAGAUGUUCAGUGACGGGAGCACAAACUGGGGUCGUAUCACGAGUCUGGUGGCGUUCGGAGCCGUGUUGUGCGUCCAGCUCAAAGAGCUGCAGAAGGAGAAUUGUGUCGACAGAGUGGCAGAACACAUCUCUUCUUUUCUGAUCUCAGAACAGCAAGACUGGCUCCAACGUAACAAGGGCUGGCAUGGGUUUGUGGAGUUUUUCCGAGUGGAGGACAUGGAGUCGGUCGUUCGGAAUGCUUUAAUGGCUUUUGCCGGAGUUGCGGGUAUCGGCGCAGGUCUCGCGCUCCUCAUUCGGUGAUCUUAAACCAAGCGCUCAUGUGGUGAUUCUGUAUUUUCAAGCGGUCUCUAGAACGGUCUCAGGGCGGCAUGAGUUGUAGAGGAAGCAAUUGCGGAGUUCUCGCUGGACUCGAAGACGAUGAGCCGGACGUGCGCUUAACACCCCGCCUGAACCUGACGCCGCUCUUCAGGCUAACAGAUUGUGCUCUUCACAAAGGAAUUCAGAUUAUAAUUUUGAGAGUAUUUUUGUAAUAAAAUUCAAAUUCCGCAAA